AUGGCACAGAAAGACGAAAUCGCAGGACUGGAAAGCACCCACGCAAAUACCGAAAUGGAUACAAAGGAAGACGAAACACUGAAAGGUACGAUGGAAGAGCAAGCACAACCGGAGCUUAAGAGAGGGUUCAAGAACCGCCAUGUCAACAUGUUUGCAAUUGCCGGCUCCAUCGGCACAGGACUCAUCAUUGGAAGCGGAGAGGCGUUGGCGUCUGGUGGCCCAGGGAGUAUAUUGAUUGCCUACAUUGUCAUGGGUAUGUGUGUGUACACAGUCAUGACGGCGUUCGCUGAGAUGGCUAUCUUUGCACCGAUGAACAAGGGGUUUAGUGGGUAUGCAACUAGAUUUGUUGAUCCGGCACUUGGAUUUGCGACUGGUUGGAACUAUUUCUUUAAAUACUCUGUGCUUCUGGCGAAUAAUCUCACUGCGACUGGCCUCGUUAUUAGAUACUGGAGAGAGGAUAUAAAUGUUGGCGUUUGGAUUGCUGUAUUCGGUGUUUUCGUCGUCGCUCUGAAUUUCCUCCCAGUCGAAAAGUUUGGCGAGACUGAAUUCGUCAUGGCAAUUGUUAAGAUUAUUGUUCUCGUCGGACUCAUCCUCUGCUGCUUCAUCAUCUCCCUAGGGGGGUCACCGUCAGAAGAACGCAUUGGGUUCCGAUACUGGAAUGACCCCGGUGCCUUCGCUCCAUACCUGGCCGAAGGGGACUUGGGGAGAUUUGUCGGCUUCUGGUCUUGCAUCGUGCAAAGCGCCUUUAUGUUCAUGGGAUGCGAAGUGGUUGGCAUCACGUAUGGAGAGGCCAAGAAUCCACGCAAGGCGAUUCCCCGUGCCGUGCAGCAGACUAUCAUGCGUAUAGCGGUCUUCUAUAUCGGUGGUGUCAUUGUCCUCGGUACGACGGUGCCAUAUACCAAUGACCUGCUCUUGUCUGCGAAUAGCCAGGAGACCAGUGCUUCCGCAUCCCCUUUUGUUGUUGCCCUCAAGCUCGCAGGGAUUGAGACAUUGCCUGCAAUAGUGAAUGCGUGUUUCCUCAUGUUCACCGUAAGCUUCGCGAACUCUGAUAUCUACAUCGCUUCCCGAACACUCUACGGGCUCGCCCGCGACAAACAAGCCCCAGCAAUCUUCGCAAAAACCAACCGCUGGGGCGUUCCCGUAUACGCCGUCAUCGCCGCAUCUCUAUUCUGUUGCCUUGCUUUCCUGAACGUGUCCACGGCUUCGGGUAAAGUCUUUGGCUACUUCGUCUCGCUGUCUACCGUUCUGGGUCUGAUAAACUGGCUGAAUAUUAUCUUAACAUGUUACUGUUUUCAGCAAGGCGUCAAGGCACAGGGUAUCGCUCGCGCUGGACUCCCGUGGAGGGGACCUUUGCAGCCAUAUGCGGCGUAUGUCACGUUUUUUGUUACCGUUGUCGUUAUCCUUUUCAGUGGUUAUGAGGCGUUCAUUGGAGGCUUCAAGGUCGAUAAGUUUAUUACGUCGUAUUUGGGCGUUGUUUUGUAUCUUUUUAACAUCUUGGUCUUUAAGGCGUAG